AUGGGCAGUUUCGAUCAGAGCAAAGCGUACGCCGCGCAGGAGAAGGAGGGUAGCUUCUUUGACGACGGACGCGAAAUUGAGCUUCUUCACUUCGUAUACUCACACCCGAAGAUUCAAGAGAUACGAGGCUCGCCUACGAAGGUUCGCGAUGCAAUCGACGAAUAUGGCCGCACGAAAAAGUAUCUGAUGAACGUCGGAGAGGACAAGGGCAAAAUCGUCACAGAUUUGAUCGCGGAAGUGAAGCCAAAAACAAUGGUCGAACUGGGUGGUUAUGUUGGAUACUCCUGUAUCCUCUUCGGCGAUGCAGUCCGCAAAGCAGGCGGCGAGCGAUACUUCAGCUUAGAACGCGAUCCUGCUUUCGCUGCUGUAAUCAUGUCCCUCGUCGACCUUGCAGGGCUCUCCGAUGUCGUCAAGGUCGUUGUAGGUUCGAGCGAUGAAUCAAUCGCACGCCUGUACUCUUCUGGCCAGCUGAAACACAUCGACCUCAUGUUCCUGGACCACUACAAGCCCGCCUAUACGACUGACUUGAAGCUUUGCGAAGAGCUGAAGUUGGUGACAAAAGGUACCGUCUUGGCGGCCGACAAUGUCAUCAAGCCUGGAAACCCACCAUACCUAGAGUAUGUAAGGAGCAGUGUUGAAGAAAAGGUGAAGAAGGCGAACGAAAGCGGUUCGAGCAACACCGAGGGUAUCGCAGAGAAGAACGUCAAGAUGUACGAGAAGAGGUACGGUGAGGCAGUGUUCAAUCAGAGCAAGGGCAACCCGAACUUGGUGUAUGAGAGCAAGUUGGUGAACAGCUACGAGCCAACGGGCGAACCUGAUGGUGUUGAGAUCACCCGUUGUGUUGGUUAG